UAGAAGUUGUGAUUUCUCGCACUUCCUUCCGGAAAUUUUUAGUUUACAUGGAGAUGGUGCGAAAGAAAGCGAUGUUUUCACUUGUUUACAAUUGUGUAAAUAAAAAGGAGUUUAUCAAUCUCUUCAAGACGAACAUAUCUUACUAAAGAUGUUGGCUUUCACUGUGCAGAGGAUGUUACUGUACUAGCUGUUAAAGAUCAUGAAAAGAAAUGAAGAAUACCUAGACUUUUGCUGUUCUAUGGGCCAGUUGAUCAAAGCUUAAAGGUUAUAGUUUUCUCCCUGAUUAUACCACCAGAUUAAGAUGAAGUUGGACAAUUUCUUCGAAGAUGAGGAUGAAGAAGCCCAAGCAACAGAAAUUGAUCAAAAAUAUCAAUUACGCAAACCGAUUCGACCGUUUGUUUGUUCCACUCCUGAAGACUUUAAUGAGGAGAAGGAUUUCCUACUGAGGGAAAUUUUCCCUGAAAUUCACAAACUGUGCAAGUUACGAGGCGGCAACUUCCUGCCUUAUGAUAUCCGAUGGAAUCCCAAUGGGGAUGAAGCGGCAUCAGGGAACUUAUUAAAACUGAACUUGGACUACAUAUCCAAGAGUUCUCCUUUCUUCAUAUGUCUUCUGGGAGAGAGUUAUGGACCUUAUCGAUAUAUGGAGAAACCUCCUCUCCAGAAAAAAAUUAGAAAUGUGGAAGAUCUUGAUGAUAUGGAUUGGAUGGAUAAAAAUUAUCUAAUGGCUGCUUCAGCUGGAUACACUUGGGUGCUACAAGAAAGCCAUCAGAACACUAGUUUUACAGAGUUAGAGAUAAUUCAGGCGGCAUUUCUCUGUGACAAUCGAUACUGCCAUUUCUAUUUUAGGCAACCGGAACAUUUGGAUGUGAAGUUUGGACAUCUUUCAGAAGAGAGGAGAAUUAAACUCAGCAAAGUCCAUUUACCUGAAAAUGAGUAUGCUGACCUGAGUAUUCGAGACUUGAAGCAGAGAAUAGUUAAGAAAGCUCUUCCUGUGAAAUAUUACAGGACCAAUGAAGAAUUAGGUAGACAUGUUAUAAAGGACUGGACAGCAGUCAUUGAUAUUGUGUACCCUGCAUUAGAACAUCCACUUUCCACCCUGGAAUCAGAGGAAUACUGUGAGUGGGUUGCCAAUGAAGUGUUUGCAGACAGCAGACGACAUGUUUUUGUGACGUCUACUGAUUUAAAUCAGUUAAAACAGACAAUGACAUCAUUUGCCCUGGAGGUGUUGGAUGAAAAUGUCUAUGAAAUAGAAGAAAAAAUGGUGGAUAAACCCUAUUCAAUUCUGAAUUUGCUGAAAAAGAAGGAAGCUGUGGAAGCCCGCUACAAGUCAAUUAUGGUUGUCAAUGGCGACAGAGGAAGUGGAAAAAGCACACUGAUCAGCAAUUGGAUCCAGAAGUUCAAGGCCGAAAACCCAGAGGUCAAGGUCAUAUGUCAGUAUGUGGGCUGCAGUGGGAGAUCUGCUGACAUCUCUGUAUUCCUCAGACACUGUAUCAAAGAACUUAGAGAAGAAUACCUAAGACCAAUUGAGUGCUCUUCCUCAGAGGAUGGAAUGACAGAGGAGGAUCAGCCCUGGACAUUUCAGGAAGUGUGUCAGGCAUUUGUGGCUGCUCUCUCUCUGGGUCCUGUUGUCAUUGUCAUUGAUGGACUCGAUGAGAUCGGCAACACCCUCGGACUGACCAUCAGACAAGUUAAAGAAUUAAAGUGGCUGCCCUUCCCUCUACCUCCCCACUGUAGACUUAUUUUUACAUCCUGUCGCUCAGAUCUCACCUACCAUUCUCUGUCAACAAGGAAAGACACAGUUAUGCACACUGUUCCGUCAUUCAAUACUCCAAAGAUACGGACAGCUUUCCUGGAAGAUGCCAUGCUUCAGCAUUUCGACCACCUGAAUGAAGAAAACAUCCAACAAGUCCAUGAUAUAAAAUUGUCCCAUAAGCCACUCUUUAUGUCUCUGUUGGCAGGAGAAAUGUGCUGCUUUAGUGUCUAUAUGGGACUGUUUGACUAUUUGGAAGAGCUUGGGGAGAAAAUAUCUUCCCUGAGAGACUACUGUCUUCGGUGUUUUCAGCGAUGGUCCCGGGAAAUGAGUUGGACCAAAGAGAAUCUCUAUGGUGAAGUGGAUGAUGAAGAUCAGUUAGAACUGGAAGGCUGGAUCCCUGAUACUCUACGUCUGCUAGCCGUGUCCAGGACCGGCCUGUCCCAGGGGGAUAUCUUCACCCUGCUGAGGGGCCUGGGAUACAGGAACAGCAAGGAGGUCAGGAACUUCCAGUGGCUCCAGUUCUGUACCUGCUUCAGGGACUGGGUGUAUGAGCUGCCCAGCGGACAGAUACAGUUCUCUCACCAGCACCUGAAAGAAAUUGUGGAAUAUGUUCUACUGCGAGGUGCGACCAAAAAGGAUGUUAGUCCACGCCGUAAAACGGCAGUACUCAAUUCCCUGAAGGCUGGCAGUGGUUCUGGAGAGGUGGCCUCCACUGGUGAGUCGGAGAAAGAGUGGAAGGGGCAGAAGAACCGCUUCCACAAACAACUGGCUAAGUACUUCCUCAGACAGCCAUUCAGCCAGCGGGUCCUUGAAGAGUUGCCAUGGCAACUGCUGAUGUCAGGGGAUACAGACACUCUGCUGCAAGUUCUCAACGAUCCCUUGAUGAUUGAAGGCUUUCUGGAUGACAAGAGACAGAACCCUUCAAACAAGCUGGAUCUGGCCUUUUUCUGGUCACUGGUGAAGGAGGAGGGCAAGGAUGUUUGCACCAUGUACCAGAAACUUCUGAUACGACUUGGAAUAAUGGAGGAAGAGAGGGAGGAGAUCUACAUAGAACAGAACGGAGAAGAUCUAGAACUGGAUAGUGUUACGAGCGAGAUCUCAUCUCACGAGGACGAGACAGUGGCGUCCUCCAGAGAGAACAUGAACAUUGUGGUCCCCACCAUUGUGACCUAUCCCCCCCACAGGGAGCUGUCUGCUGUGACCGAGGAAUCCAUAACCAGCAGCAUGGGGGUCAGGUCACCCCAGCGGCAUAGACUGGAGGAGACGGUCAUAGAAGAACCAAUCAAUGAGGAAAAGGAGAGUAGAAAAUCAAGACCAGUGGAUAAAAAUAGUGCUGUGUUUUUGACAGAAACAAAAGCUGAAACUCCAGGAGCUGAUUCACCAUUGUUGUAUCAGACCCAUGAAUUGUGUAACACAAUCAAGAUCGCCUGGCUUAUCGCAAACUUCCUAAGAGAUCUUGGUCAUGAAGAUGUAACAGAGAAAGUUUUGACAGCCUUAAACAAAAAGCUAGUGAAGAGCUACCCUCUUGAACACGAUGACAUGUUAAUCCAUGCCAGAGUACAAGAAGCCCUGGGAAUGUACUGUCAACAGAGAGGAGAGUCGGGGCUCUCACAGAAACACUUUACCAAAUCUCUCAGGAUCGUCACCGAUCUGUCGGAACUAGACGAGGAAUCCUCACUCAACUUCCUAGAGCUAGAGAACCUGAAGGGUAAACUUCUUUCCCAUCUGGGCAGUCUUCGGUUGAACGAAGGUUUAGUGGAGAGUGCAGAAGAUCUAUUGACAGAGGCACGUGAUGCCGUUGAAACCAGCGGCAAUCUGACAGCCAAAGCAACAAUCUUGUACAACCUAGGACUCCUAAGAAUGCAGCAAGAGGACUUCAUUUUGGCUGAGUCCAGCCUUCGCCAGGCACUAAACAUCAGGGAGCAGUGGUUUGGGAAAUCCCAUCCCUUGGUCGCUGAAGUCCUGUUCGCGCUGGCUCAGCUCAUGGGGAACCCGGAUAACUACCGCGGGUUUGACAGAGGUCGCUCGGAGGGCGUUUACAGAAAAGUUCUUAAGAUCAGAGAGGAUUGUCUGGGAAAGGACCAUCCCGCUGUAGGGGAUACACUGUUUCAACUAGGAAAACUUCUACAAGAGGAAAUCAACUAUGCAGCAAAGUGCGAAGCUGUGCAGCUGUUACGUAGAGCACUAGACAUAAGGACAACCAAACUAGGCGGUGAUCAUAUAGACACUAGGGCGGUCCGACAUUAUUUAAGCCAGCUGGAAAUUUCUCUUAAAAUGGGAAAAUACGAGUUUGGUCCGGCCAGAUUAACAGACACGCGGACAACAGACAGGCCUUUUAGCAAACUUUCGUGGCGGGAGAAAGAUCUCGCAAACAUUGAUAAAAGGUCAAAGUCAAGAAGUGCUAGUCGUAGUUCAAACUCCGUAUUGAGAUCACGACCUUCUAGUUACAAAGAAGAACACGGACAGUCGCUGAGUCGUUAUAGCAGUGUAAGCCAUCUUAGUGCUUCGGAGAAAUUAUUAAUGGAUGCGGAUCGUCCAAGAUUGCUCCAUCGAGAUUACAUCGAUCGAAAAUUGAAAGUAUCCCCUCCUUCAUCUGAAGUGCAUCAAACAAAGCGUCUAGUGACUGUUGAAAUAAAAGUAGACGACGAUGUUGAUAGAUCAGGGGAUGUUGAAACAAGAGAAGCAGAACCUCAGAUAGAUAGCUUUGGAGAUGAAAUUCGUCAAACAGACAGUUUAAAUGUUGGACAAGAAACCAAAAGAGCUCAAUUUGCUGAACACGCUGAUAGUGGCCCUGUUAAAUUGUUCAAGCGAUAUAGCAGUGCCGGGAGUUCCAGGUCGUCCGUGUCUCGACACAACGAACGAAGUCUGCUUCGUGGAAACAGUGCUAAAAGUAACCAAAGCUCUCAUAUAACCGGAUAUAGCUCAAAUUCGCGAAUGAGUCUAAGAAGUGGUUACUCGCGACGGAGUGUUGUAGGUCCACAUGCAAUUACACCAGGUAACACCCAGUCGGUUACAACUGGACCGAACUCGACACUGGACAGUCUUAUUGCUAGAUCACCACGUGACAUGAGCCGGACCAUCCACCAUCGAUCUGCCUGGUAUCAUGUACCAGGUCGAUAUGUCACCUCAGAAAAACCGUUCCCACCAAAGCGUUCUCAAAAAACCUCGGAAGCAAGGGAAUUGGAACAUCGCCUUCUAACCAGCAGAAAAUCGAACAGAGAAUCUAGUAAAACUUUAUACAGGAAGUCUCCUCCCAAAAUAAAUAAAGCGAAAUCCUUCACGUCAAGAGACAUAAACAAAGAAUUUGGAAUGACUGUAAAGGGAAUUGGUCCUGUGAUUUCCAAUGGGUAUUACAGCAAUCCCCCACAUGACUAUGCUGUAGAGUCUUACAUUGAUUCUGAAAAUGAACACCAUAAUACAACGGUGAAAUUCAAGGAAGCCGUUUUUGUUGAAUAGAAAUAUGAUUAGGGAUAUUUUUAGUAAUGUACCCAUUAUAUUAACUAUUCGCGCAUAUAGAUUAUGUCUGUGAUCUUCAAUAGAAUAAAUUAAACUAUCUUUUGUAAUAUAUUUAUACAUGCACAUAAGCAUUUCUUAAUCAGUAAUUAUUAUCAUAGGAUAAGUAAUGUUUUCUGCACAAAAUUUUAAGCUAAAAGUUAAAAUGUUUGGAUCGAUUUGUGUUGUUCAAUUUCUUGAAUCUGAUUUUGAUAAACUUUGCUUACACUCUUGAUUGUGUGUUGGUGUAUUUAAAAAGACGAAGCAAAAAUUCGAUUAAAAAAAAUUCAAUUGCGGUUGACUCGUUAUACAUGCAUACAAAACAGAAAGCAAGAAACUUGUUGAAUUUAUUUGUUGAAUUAUUAUUUGUUGUUACUUGGAGAACGUUAAAGUACAUGUAUCAAGUCUUGAUUCUUAACGGGAAUAUUUUAUUGAGAAUCAUAUUAAAUGAUUGUCACACAAUAUAUAUGUGUCUUUCCUAAAAGAUGUUGCUUUUUUUUCUUAGACAAUAAUUGCACUGUAAUCAGUUCGCCGGCAUAUAUCUAUAUUUUAAUAAAUUAAAUGGAUUGUCAAAGUC